AUAGAAACAAUCGUGGAAUCCAAAACGACUUGCAGCAUGCAGCUUAGCAUUUGUGCCAUUGCUACAGUUAUCUUAGCGUUUCCCAUCGUAAUAGCAUACCUAUGGAUACGCAGAAAACUCCAAUAUUGGGAAAGACGGCAAGUGGCCGCCGAGAGCUUGCCAGAGAUUUACAAAUUCCGAGGAAGGCAACAUGUAGCCUAUGCAAUUCAAAGGAUUUACCAAAAGUCGAAAAGUGAAAACAGAUCCUAUGCGGCCGCCUAUCAGCUGAUAUCGCCUGCUUUGAUAAUUUCGGACUUGGACCUGAUAAAGCAGGUGUUGAUAACUGAUUUUGAGUCAUUCCCCGAUAGGGGAAUGUACUCCAAUUAUAAGCAAGACCCUCUGUCGCGUAAUCUUGUGCGAUUACAGGGCGGUAUGUGGCGUAAAGUAAGGGCUAAAUUAACGCCAACCUUUACCUCGGGCAAGAUAAAGCAAAUGUUCGGCACUAUCAUUGACAUAGGUCAGCGUUUCAUCGAAGUGAUGCAGCAGAACGCCUUGGAACACAAUCAUCUGGUGGAAAUUAAGGAUUUGUGUGCCCGCUUCACCACCGAUGUUAUCGGUAGUGUGGCCUUUGGUUUGGACUGUAAUAGCCUGCAGCAACCGGAUACAGAGUUUCGGCGCAAAGGUGACAAAGCAUUUCAUACCAUACAUCCUUUGGGCGAAUUAUUGGCUUCGAGAUAUAGGAAAUUUUUCAAUGCUCUGGGCUAUAGGGUGUUUACCAAGGAUUUGAUAGAGUUCUACUCACGCAUCGUCAGGCAGACGGUAGAGUAUCGUGAGAGGCAUAAUGUGAAACGCAAUGAUUUCUUGGAUCUUUUAAUUGAGCUCAAAAACAGCCCCGCUGAGGAGGGAGAAUUCUCUCUAUCUAUGGAAGAUGUCAUAGCUCAGGCUUUUGUAUUUUUCAUAGGAGGCUUUGAGACUUCGUCGAGUACCAUGACCUUUACGCUCUUUGAAAUGGCUCAUAACCCUGUUGUCCAAGAGAAGGCCAGGCAAGAUGUAAGGAAUACCUUGGAGAAACACAAUGGAAAGUUUACAUAUGAAAGUCUAAAUGAGAUGCAGUACAUUAGACAGGUGGUACAAGAAACUCUGCGUAAAUAUCCCGUGGCUCCCACCGGUAGGCGUAUAUGUCGGCGCUCCUGCACUCUGCCUGGCCCCCAACCACUUACCAUUGAUCCUGGUGUAUAUGUCAUCAUACCAGUUUACGCCAUACAUCAUGAUCCUGCCAUUUAUCCACAACCUGAAGUCUAUCGACCGGAACGUUUCUCAGCAGAGGAAAAAAAUGAACGCCAUCCAAUGGCAUAUCAGCCAUUUGGUGCUGGACCACGCUCAUGUAUAGCCGAACGUUUUGGCAUGCUGCAAUCAAUGAUGGGAGUGGCAUUGCUUUUGCACAACUUUCGAUUUUCCAAAUGUGCACAGACUCCGGAACGCUUGGAAUUUGAUCCAUUCAAUAUUAGAGUAUUAAAUUCCAUUGAGGGAAUUCAUUUGAAAGUGGAAAAGAUGUAAAGAGAAUGGAAAUACUGAUGUAUGAAAUAUGAAUGUUGUUCUUGAAGCUUUUGACGUGAUUAGUCCACGUUGGAAACCACUAAAAUAAAAAUUUUUUACGAAAAAUGUUUUUGAGCUUUAUAAGUCUUCCUUGAAGAACAAUAAAAAAAUGCUUUUGACAAAAGAA